CCGAUCCACUAACGCCCGGUUCAACAAACACCGACGCCCACACACGCCCACACAAGCCCGGCCCUACCCAGCGCCAGCCCUUGCAACCAGCCCCAACUCUGCCUCUCCUAGGUCAGAACGAAAAGUACAACGGAAGACGCGAUGUCAACCCCGAAAUCCGCCGCCGCCUCCGAGGAGUCGUACCAGAACGCGAAGUCCUCCCUCGUGUCGUCGCUCGUCGAGCUCUCGACGGCCGCGACCCAAACCGCCACUGCUGCCCUCAACUUCUACAAGUAUGCCGGCACAAAUGGUGCUGAUGCCGCCACUGCCAGUGCCUCGUUGAAGACCUUAAGCGAGACCGUGCUUGCUGCUGCCAACGCGGCUUCCAUGACGCUCGCCAACGGCUCAGCCCCGGAGCCCAAACGCACCAUUGCCAAGCCGCAAAAGAAAAAAGAAGCGGCACCCGCUGCUGCCCCCGCCUCGGCCCCGGCCCCGGCCCCCGCCCCGGCUUCCGUCUCAGCGCCUUCCUCAGCCUCCUCUGAUGUCACUGCAGACACCACCAUGUCGGACGUGCUCUCCACCACGGACCCUGCGUUGUUGAAGCAGGGCUUGGAGAAGCCAAAGAAAAAGCGUGCGGAAAAAGACCCGAACGCGCCCAAAAAGCCCGUGACCUCGUACUUGCGCUUCAACCUCGCUGAGCGCCAGCGGUUGAAGAAGGAGCGCGGAGAGAGCGGCCAGCCCACACUCCAGGCCACCGAGCUCAACCAAAUCAUAGCCGAUAGAUGGGCCACUUUGGACGACGUGGCCAAGCUGGAGUUGCAAAGAGCCUACGAAGCCGACUACGAGGUUUACAAGAAGAACGUGGAGGACUACAAGACGAAGAAGCUCACCGAGCUUGCGUCUCUGCACCCAAGCCGGUUGCACCCAAGCCAGCUGCGCAAAAACCAGCUGCACCUAAGCCAGCUGCACAAAAACCAGCACCCGCUCAACCAGCGGCUGUAGCCCCAGUUCCAGCAGCCGACCAGGCCUCCGCGCCCGUGCCGUCCUCGUCUACCGAGAAGCCCAAAAAGAAGAAGAAGGCUUCCAAGAAAAACGCAGAAGUCAGU